AUGGCUUCUCAAAAUUCAACUGGACGUCCACAAAAAGGAUCGUCAUCGUCAAAUCAAGCUACUAUCAAAAGUUAUGCCAGCAGAACUCUGACGAUAAUUCAAGAUCAAAACACGAAAAACCUUCCAACGUUAAUUCUUAAGUUACAAGAACGAGCAUCGUCUGGCGGUAAUAAUUUGAUGAACCGGAUUCGUGGUAAAAAUUCGAAAUCUGAAAUGUCAGAUGAAGAACUUGAACAAUAUAUUGCGGAUAAUUUGGAGAAUUUUAAACAUGAACUAUUGGAAAACACCCAGAACUUUCAGCAAAUGAUACUUUCAGCAAGACCAAAUCCUGAAAUGAAAAAGCAAAAUCCAGAAGAUUACCAAAUUCAGUCAGAAAAUUACAGAGAGUUACUCAAAUUGGGUACGGCAAUUGCUAAACGCAUGCGAGAAUCAUUAAAUGAUAUAUUAACACAAUAUCAACAAUAUAUUGAAAAGAUCUGGAUAGCUAUUUGUCAAAAACAAGAUAUAGAAGCUAUACGAAGACAGUUUAAUGAAGCGAUGGACCAAAAUAUGGAUAAAUAUUGGAAACCUGUGUUUGAUAGCGCUGAUCAUCUCAUUGAAGACAUGAAUCAAAACGACACUUCUAACAAUGCUCAGUAG